AGAGCUCCCUCUCAUGACCACUGAGUAUCACACAAGCCUCCUUUUAUUCUCCCUGUUGCAUUCAACUAACAGCUCACUGGUUAAGUUUUAAUUGCUUCCAAUGAGGUCAGCAAAGGUAUUUAUUGAAAAGCCCUGAAUAAAAGGCUACACACACACACACACACACACACACACGCACGCACACACACAAGCACACAUGCGCUCACACACAGAGAGAAAAUCCUCUUGCCUGUUGAUUUAUGGAAACAAUUAUGAUUCUGCUGGAGAAUUUCUCAGCUGAGAAAUAGUUUGUAGCUACAGUAGAGAGGCUCAAGUUGCACAGGCAGACAACAGACAUGGAAUUCCUGUGUAUCCAGCUGUUAUAAACAGAACAAAAGUCAAGUAGCAAACAGUGCCGCAGCAACCGAGCUCAUUACAACCUGCUUUUCAUAAGGAUAUAUCAACACAGAGUUAUUUAAGGAGGAAUCCUGUAUUGCUACCAGAAGCUAAAAGGAUAAGUGUGCCCAUCUGGAAAGAGCAAGGACUCUUUCUUCAAUCAAUCUGCAGUUCACAGAUGGGACAAGGUCAAUGACCCAGGAGUAGCAGCCAACUCAAGACUGAGUUUUCAUUAUGGUCUUCAUGGACCCCCGGAGCACUACACUAUAAUGCACAAAUGGAUACUGUCAUGGAUCCUGCCAACUUUGCUCUACAGAUCGUGCUUUCUCGGUGUCUGUCUGGUGGGCACUCUAGCCUUAGCUUGCAAUGAUAUGGCCCCAGAGCAAAUGGCUACCAAUGCGAACUGCUCCAGCCCCGAGCGACAUACGCGAAGCUACGACUACAUGGAAGGAGGGGACAUAAGAGUGAGAAGACUUUUCUGUCGAACACAGUGGUAUCUGAGGAUCGACAAGCGAGGCAAAGUCAAAGGGACCCAAGAGAUGAAGAAUAGCUACAAUAUCAUGGAAAUCAGGACAGUGGCAGUUGGAAUUGUGGCAAUCAAAGGGGUGGAAAGUGAAUAUUAUCUUGCAAUGAACAAGGAAGGAAAGCUCUAUGCAAAGAAAGAGUGUAAUGAGGAUUGCAACUUCAAAGAACUGAUUCUGGAAAACCAUUACAACACAUACGCGUCAGCUAAAUGGACGCACAGCGGAGGAGAAAUGUUUGUCGCCCUAAGUCACAGAGGGGUUCCUGUCAAAGGGAAGAAAACGAAGAAGGAACAGAAGACAGCUCACUUCCUUCCUAUGGCAGUAACCUAAUCGCAGGGGGAAUAUAAGGAACCAGUUCCAGCAGGGAGAUUUCUUCAAGUGGACUGUUUUCUUUCUUUUUUCCUUUUCUUCUUCUUCUUUCUUUCUUUCUUCUUUUUUUUUUUAGUAACCAAGAAAGGCUGGAAAACUACUGAAAAACUGAUCAAGCUGGACUUGCGCAUUUAUGUUUAUUUUAAGAGACUGCAUUAAAGAAAGAUUUGAAAAAUAUACACAAAAAUCAGAUUUAGUUAACUAAAAGUUGUAAAAAAUUGUAAAACUGGUUGUACAAUCGUGGUGUUAGUAAUAGUAAUGUUUUUCUCUUAAGUUAAUUUACCCUUAGAGUAUGUUAGAUUUGACUAUCUGAUGAUUAUUUAAGUAUUCCUAUCUGCUUAUAAAAUAAAUGGCUGCUAUAAUAAUGGUAAUAAUGCAGAUGAUGUUGUGUGAGGUAUAUCAGACCUACAAGCUGCUGGAAGGAUUUGUCAGAUAAUCAAGCCAAUGCUAACUAGGAAAGAUGAGCAGUAUGUCAAGCGCUUUGCAGUGAAAACUUAUGACGAUCAAAAACUUAGGCACUCAUCAAAAAAAAAAGGACUAUUCUCAAAAUUUAUACUGUUGAAUUAAGUCAGAUACUUUUACACAAUUAUAGGGUUAGAGUGUGUGUAUACCUAUUAACAAGAACAAAACUCCUAAUGCUGCUCAAAUUGAGAGGGUAUCUCUAAAAGGAUAUUUUCUAAAAUCUUGUAUAUAAAAUAGCAGUAAUGAUGAUAAUACUGUAUUUCAUCUCACUUGCUACAAAGUAACAUUUUAUACUUCCUAAAAGUAAAAUUCAGAAAUCUUUAAGUUUUUUUUUAAGUAACAUAAUCUCUCUUUUGUAUAAUUCAUAUCUGGGAAUAUGGCUUUUAAUAAUGUUCUUCCCACAAGUAAUCAUGCUUUUUCUCUGUGGUUACAGCAUUAAACUCUAUUUUAAGUUGUA